CACAGGCUGAGGGGACGCAGGCGCACAGGGGGGACAGCUGGUUCCUUUAUAACUUUACUUUCUCCAUUUAUUAAAACUUGCGCGCCACACACCGUUUUCUCACCUUCCUUUCCCCCCAUCCUCCCUACUGGAGGACUGAGUUAGUUUGGAUUUCGGCGGGGGGAGGAGGCAGAGGACCAGCGGGGCUGCUCUCAGAUGGAGCACCGGGGCUCCUGGAGCUGCGGGCGCACGGCGGACCCGGAGUGAGUGACGCUGGUGGAUGGACGCUGCUCCCCGGUUCGGGCUGUUCACAGCACGGCCAUGACGGGCAUCCAGGAGCCAGACCUGCGUGAGCAGCACAGAGGACCGACGCAGGAGGAGGAGGACGAGGAGGAGGAGGGGGAGAAGGUGCGCGUGUCAGUUGAGGGAGAUGAAAGGGAAUGGAAAGGGGAGGACGAGGAAGAGAAGGAGAAGGAAGAGCUGCCCUACCCCGCUCUAGCACCAGUGGUUCUUUUGGCUUUGACCCAAACCAGCCCACCGCGGUCCUGGUGCCUUCGAGCUGUCUGCCACCCGUGGUUCGAGCGUGUGAGCAUUUUGGCCAUCCUGCUCAACUGCGUGACUCUAGGGAUGUUCCAGCCUUGUGGCCACACCCCCUAUUUUCUGCAGGCUUUGGAUGAUGGCAUCUUUGUGUUCUUUGCCGGAGAAAUGGUUGUGAAGAUGGUGGCUCUUGGGGUCAUAGGUCAGAGCGGUUACCUAGGCGACACAUGGAACAGAUUGGACUUCUUCAUUGUUAUAGUGGGAAUGCUGGAGUACUCGCUGGACGGACACAACGUCAGCUUAUCAGCUAUCCGGACUGUUCGAGUUCUCCGCCCACUGCGAGCCAUCAACAGAGUUCCCAGUAUGCGCAUCCUUGUGACCCUCCUGCUGGACACACUUCCUAUGCUGGGAAACGUGUUGGCGCUCUGCUUCUUUGUCUUCUUCAUCUUCGGCAUCGUUGGCGUACAGCUGUGGGCGGGGCUACUGAGGAACCGCUGUUUCAUGGGAGAGGACGUGAAGAUGAAAUAUAACAUUUCCUUCCUGAAUGGUUACUAUCGGCCCGACGGCACAGACGACCACCCUUUCAUCUGCUCCAUGGAAAGAGAAAACGGGAUGCUCCGGUGCACUGAUGUGCCUCGUCGCCGAGUAGGCAGGACUUCCUGCUUGCUGGAUGCUGGGGAGGCCCUACCAGAGAUGGGCCUCAGAGUAGAUGAGCCCGGGUCUUGUGUGAACUGGUAUCAGUAUUACAAUGAGUGUCGUGCUGGGGAAUUGAACCCACACAAAGGAGCUAUUAACUUUGAUAACAUUGGAUAUGCCUGGAUUGCCAUUUUUCAGGUAAUUACUCUUGAGGGUUGGGUAGACAUCAUGUACUAUGUCAUGGACGCACAUUCUUUCUACAACUUCAUCUACUUCAUUUUCCUCAUUAUAGUGGGCUCCUUCUUCAUGAUCAACCUGUGCCUGGUCGUAAUAGCAACGCAGUUUUCUGAAACGAAACAGAGAGAACACGCCUUAAUGAAGUCAGAGCAGCGCGCCCGCCAGCUCCAUCAGUCGGCCUCUACGCUGGCCAGCGAUAGCCAACCAGGGAGCUGCUACGAGGAGAUCAUCCGCUACCUGGCGCACCUGGGCCGUAAGGCUUGGCGACGGCUCUCCCGCUGCUACGCUCAGACGCGCACGCGCUUUCGCUGCUCAUGCGUGUGCCACAGAGAGCAAGGUGGCGGAUCUGCCAGGGGCGGUGGGGCCGGGGAGAUGAACGGUCUCGCCCACCGGCACUCAGGCCACGCCCCUAAUAACUUGUCACACCUUCAUCAGCUUUAUCAUCAUCAUCACCAAAACCAUCAGCCUCAGACUGACCCCGCCAUCAGUAAUGGAGGCAACGGCUUUAAUUAUCCCUUCAUAGCGCCCCUCUUCAGUCACGGGGAUGCAAAGGACCAGGACCAAAAGAGGCUGGUUGCUACGGAGACCGGCAACAGACUGCCGCAGCUGGUGCUGGAGCACGGAGGCUCUGCUGGGCAUCCGGCGUUACUGUUGCCGGGCGAAGUCCCCGGAGAGUCCUCGGUAUGCCCGUACUGCAUCUACUACAACCAACUUAGUGACGGCGAAAAUGUUAACGAGCAGCCUGAAGAGCAGCGCCACGGCCACUCGUGUCACAGUAACAGCCCGUGUCACUGUAGCAGCUCGUGCCUCAGUGACGCGCAGCUGCCUGAGCCAAAGAAGAGGCUGUGGGAGUGCGGCUGGGCGAGGCUCAGAACUAAACUGGAACUUAUUGUUGGCAGCAGAUACUUCAGCAGAGGAAUCAUGAUUGCCAUCCUUAUUAAUACUCUGUCGAUGGGCAUAGAGUACCACGAGCAGCCGCAGGAGCUGACAGAUAUUUUGGAGAUCAGUAACAUGGUGUUCACUAGUCUCUUCAGUCUCGAGAUGCUGCUGAAGCUCCUGGCUCUCGGGCUCUUCGGCUACAUCAAGAACCCUUACAACGGCUUUGACAGCGUCAUUGUCAUCAUCAGCGUGUGGGAGAUCGUGGGUGAGGCCGAGGGAGGCCUGUCGGUGCUGCGCACCUUCCGCCUGCUGAGAGUUUUGAAGCUGGUCCGGUUCCUUCCUGCACUCAGGAGGCAGCUGGUGGUGCUGAUGAAGACCAUGGACAACGUGGCCACCUUUUGCAUGCUGCUGAUGCUUUUUAUAUUCAUAUUCAGUAUCUUGGGGAUGCAUCUGUUCGGCUGUAAAUUUGGUUUGCGACAAGACAGCGGAGACACUUUACCAGACAGAAAAAACUUUGACUCCCUGCUCUGGGCGACUGUCACUGUCUUUCAGAUCCUCACUCAGGAGGACUGGAACGCGGUGCUCUAUAACGGGAUGGCCUCCACAACGCCGUUGGCUGCCCUCUAUUUUGUCGCCCUCAUGACCUUUGGCAACUACGUCCUCUUCAACUUGCUCGUCGCCAUUUUGGUCGAGGGCUUUCAAGCUGAAGGAGAUGCUAACAGAUCUGAGGCCGAUGAUGACAGACACUCGAUGUGUUACGAUGACGAGGAGAAACUGAGAGAGCUGUACGCUGCAGAGCUGAAGAUUCAGGCCAUGAUGCUGAGUCCCAAUGGUAUCCUGAACCCAAAAGCCUCCAUGCCUCCCCCUCCUCCUCCACCGCUGCCGGUCAUCACGCACACUGCAGCUACGCCCACCAUAAACUCCAACCAGUCACGCCGGGCCAGUGGUGCAUCCAUGGAAAACAGCCUUGAGCAAAGGUCACCGUUGUCUUCACAGUCCCUGUGGGACAGUGGGCCAGAGAGCCGUCGCUCCAGCUGGAUUAGCAUCGGCCGAGCCCCCAGCCUCCACAGGAAGAGCCAGUCUGGAGAAAUGGAGUCCCUGCUGUCCGACACAUACUCAAGCUCCAAAGCCAGCAGCAGGGAGCAGUCUCUGGACCAGUCAGAGUACCUGCAGGUGCCAAUGCUCCUCUCCCCAGACUGUAACGGCACCACCUUCCACCUGCCAGACCACUGCUACGACGAUGCUCCCCUGACAUCGCAUAACCACAGCGAUCAAGAGGAAGAGGAGAUUGAAGAGAGUUUAUGUAAGAGGCUGAAGAAGAUACUGGAGCCAUAUGAGCCUCAGUGGUGCCUGGAGCAUGAAGAGUGGUCCCUCUAUCUGUUUGCUCCACACAACCAGUUCAGGUUGUGGUGUCAGAGGGUCAUAGGUCACAAGAUGUUUGAUCACAUCGUCCUGCUUUUCAUCUUCCUUAAUUGCAUCACCAUCGCCCUGGAGCGACCUGACAUACAGCCACACAGCAUGGAGCGGAUGUUUCUCAGUGUGUCCAAUUACAUCUUUACUGUGAUCUUCGUGGGCGAAAUGAUGAUCAAGGUGGUAGCUAUGGGCCUGUACUUUGGAGAGGGCGUGUACCUGCAGAGCAGCUGGAAUGUCUUGGAUGGGCUCCUGGUGUUUGUGUCACUUGUGGACAUCCUGGUGUCCAUCGCUUCAGCAGGUGGUAAUCGGAUCUUAGGCAUCCUCCGGGUCCUUCGCCUGCUCCGCACACUUCGACCACUCAGGGUGAUAAGUCGUGCUCCAGGUCUGAAACUGGUGGUUGAAACUCUGAUCACAUCUCUCAGACCAAUUGGGAAUAUUGUUUUGAUCUGCUGUGCUUUUUUCAUCGUGUUUGGAAUUCUGGGAGUCCAGCUGUUUAAAGGGAAAUUCUUCCACUGCGACGGGAUCCAUGUAAGUAACAUCACCAAUAAAACUGAGUGUCUGCAGGCUGGUUACCGCUGGCUGCGGCGGAAAUACAACUUCGACAAUCUGGGACAGGCGCUGAUGUCGCUCUUUGUGCUGUCGUGUAAGGACGGCUGGGUCAGCAUCAUGUACGAUGGCCUGGAUGCCGUGGGUGUGGACCAGCAGCCAGUGAGAAACCACAAUCCUUGGAUGCUGCUGUUUUUCAUCUCAUUCCUGCUCAUUGUCAGCUUCUUUGUGCUCAACAUGUUUGUGGGCGUGGUGGUGGAAAACUUUCACAAGUGUCGCCAGCAGCAGGAGGAGGAAGAGGCGCGGCUGAGGGAGGAGAAACGACAGAAGCGACUGGAGAAGAGGAGGAGAAGGGCCCUUGAGAAGCCGUAUUACGCCGACUACUCCCCGUUACGUCGAAGCAUCCACAGCGUGUGCACCAGCCACUACCUGGAUCUCUUCAUAACCAUCAUCAUCUUCACAAACCUCCUUACCAUGAGCAUGGAGCACUACAACCAACCUCAGUACCUCGAGGAGAUACUGAAGUACUGCAAUUAUGUCUUCACGCUGGUUUUCGUCAUCGAGGCCAUUCUGAAACUCAUCGCAUUUGGUCUUCGGCGCUUUUUCAAAGAGAGAUGGAACCAGCUGGACCUCGCCAUUGUGUUGCUGUCCAUCAUGGGUAUCACACUGGAGGAAAUAGACCUGAGUGCUUCCCUGCCCAUCAACCCCACAAUUAUACGGAUCAUGAGGGUCCUCAGGAUAACACGAGUGCUGAAGCUGUUAAAGAUGGCGACGGGGAUGAGAGCUCUGUUGGACACGGUGAUGCAGGCUCUGCCUCAGGUGGGGAAUCUGGGUCUGCUCUUCAUGUUGCUGUUCUUCAUCUAUGCAGCUCUGGGAGUUGAGCUCUUUGGAAAACUGGAGUGCUCAGACGAGAACCCGUGCGAGGGUCUCAGUCGCCACGCUACCUUUGACAACUUUGGCAUGGCUUUCCUCACGCUCUUCAGGGUGUCCACCGGGGACAACUGGAAUGGGAUCAUGAAGGACACACUGCGCGAGUGUCGCCCGCAGGAUCGCCACUGCCUCACCUACCUGCCCUUGAUCUCGCCCGUUUACUUCGUCACCUUCGUCCUCACGGCUCAGUUUGUGCUAGUCAACGUGGUCGUGGCCGUUCUGAUGAAGCACCUGGAGGAGAGCAACAAGGAGGCACAGCUGGAGGAGAUGGAGGAGAGGAGGGAGAGGGAGGAGAGAAGGGAGCGGGAGGAGGCCAGUCGACGGCUCAGCACCGCGUCUGUGGGCGGGGACUUAGAGCUGGACGCACCUGCCCAGGUGCAAGUUGAGGAUGAAGGGUGUUCCCAUGGCAACCUACUGAGCAUGGGACGCAUGCUCUCCCUCCCCAGCGACAGCCAUCCUCAGCCGCUCAGAUGCUCUCCUUAUCCGCUCAUUGGCCACGAGGCAUUCUCCGGCUACAGCUUCUCAGGCUCCAUGUCAUCUCUUGGCUCCAGUGGAGGCGGCUCCCUGCUGCAGGUUCCAGGAGCUCUGCCAGCCAUCAGUCACGCUUCACUGGGGUCUGGACGCAGCUCAAGGCCAAUGAUCUGCCUCAGCACAUCUCACAGCAUCGACAGGCACUCCUCACACAGACUCGGCUCAGCCAACAGCGUAGAAGGAUACAGGUUUAGCCCCACUCACAGAGCCAAGAGACACAGACUGAACUCGGCUCACAGCAUAGAUGGAUAUAGAUUCAGCCCAGCGCAUCGCAUCAACAGACACAGACUCAGCUCUGCUCACAGUAUGGACGGAUACAGGGUGAAUCCGGAUCCCAGUGCCGAGCGGCCGAAGCUCAUGUCCAGCCACAGCAUAGACAGGCAUCCGUCGCUCAGACUGAGCCCCACGCACAGUGGCGGCGGCAGGCGUCCUUCUUACUGGCUCAGUCCCGAAGACAGUUUAGACAGAAACAAGUUGAGCCCCUCCUACGUCCCUGACAGUUCAGCCAUGAGGAGACCAGCAUCCUUCCGCACUGCGAGCAGACAGUUAAGGAGACAGGAGGCCGUGCGCCUCGACUCUCUGGAUCAGAGUUCAGCUGACGAUCUGGCGGAGCCCCGACUCACUGUGCCCGCAGCCUCCUCCACCCCACCACGGCAACGGUCGUCCAGCGUUCACACAGUGAAAUAUGCGCACUCGCAGAGGGUCAUCUCCUGCAGGAGCCACAGUCGGAGCCACAGCGAUACCGCUGCACAAGAACACGUACCUGAGCAGACAGCCUGUGGCUCUCAGCCAGAAGCAGAUUUUGAGAAGAGUUUGAAGGUAUCAGUUCCACUCUGUGACUCCAGAGCAGCCAGCCCCGUUCCUGGCUCAGACCCCGCCCCGCAGCCAGAUGACACUGACGCAGAGGUCAGCUGUAUUAACAGCUCUGUUCACUCUCACACGCAACCUACCAGCUCCCCGCACAAAAGUAGACACCUCACCCCGAGUCCCGGGGAGCACAGGAGCCGCCUCAGCCAUUCGGUGUCCCCGGUUUCAGGCAGGAACAGGAAGCAGCGAAUGAGCCCGCCGCCCAGGGAGGAGCCAGUUCCAGUCACAACCCAACUAACUGACAGCAGCGCUGAGCUGAGGAGGCGGACUUUGUCUUUUGACGCCACAAGCCUCUCUCCUAAUCUGCCGGAGGGAAGUUCUGUGGAAGACUAAACAAACCCUGUGAUGGGAUUGGUCAUUCUUUGAAGUGGAGGAGCCGAAUGUGCUGCUUUAGUGCACGAGAGGGACGGGAGCCGCGGCCAGAAACAGGAUUAUACCCGUCUCCUGUCCCGCCCCUCGCCUCUUGCACUCACAAGGUUUUCAUAGGUUGUGUGAGCAGGACUCAGACUGUGUGUGUACUGAGUGUGUAUGUGUUCAAAGACUUGGACCCCUUUUGUGCCGUAUGCACACGAGAUGCACACAAGAAGAAGUUUCCUUUUCUUCUCUCAUAGUUCUAGCUUUAGUUCACUCAUAGAGUCACUUUGCAGCUAUAUUACUCAAACACUAACCCUCCCCCUUGCUUGCUCCACUCGCUCAUCCUUUUCCUCGCACCUCAAGCCCAGGUCAGAGUACAAAACUACUCUGAAGGUGCACUGCAGGUUAAGUUGGUGACUGGUCUGCUGUUUUACACAAAGAGACCACACAGCUGGGGCUGCAACUACCUGUUAGUCCACACAACAUAACCGGAUCACGGUAACGUCUAAUCACUUUUUUUUUUUUCUCUGUGAAAAUACCAAACCCCAGACACUCGAUUAUGUUCAUCUGGUUGCAGCUUUUUUUUAAAUGGGAUAAAUGACUUUUUCAGCCAUCCAAGUGACUGAAGACUGUUGAAUUUCCGCAUUUUUGAAUGUCAAAUGACUGAAGUUGUCAGUAGGAUUAGUGAUUAAAUGUUUUUCCCACUGAAAAUGCAACAUCCAGGUGAACAGAGUAGGCUGUUCUGGGAUUUCUUUACCCCGACAAAAAAGACCAAACAGCAGGUUGUCAGUUUAUUAUGAUUUUGGAUCAAGAGGGUCAAAGUCAUUUAAGUUCUUAGGCUACACACAACCCAGUUUGAUCUUAAUGAAAUAGUAAAAUCAUUGAACAGUAUAAAAGAAAAACACCUCAAAAUGUUCCCCUUUUGUUUCAGUGUAAAGACAUACAUUCUAAAUAGAGUCACAUGUAUGAAACCAUCUAUUUACAGGGCAGAUGAUGAAUAAUCCUAAAGAAAAUAAGUGAUUUCAACAAUAUGUCUCAGUCUUAGUAUCACCCCAAUUCCUUGACUUAACCACCUUACCAUGGUGUGGUACAGCAGGCUAGGAGUAAUGUCUUAGUAAGUAAGAAAAAGCUGUAAAACUAACAAAUCAGAUGAGUUAGCAGAACCUCUCGCAGCAUUGUUGCUUGAAAAUGUAUCCGUCAGUUAUCGAUAUCAAGAGUUGCCGACUGUUUUCUUUUGACUAACCCUUUGAUCAACAAGCUGUUUCAGCUCUCAUUCAGUUAAUAAGAUCUGAUGAUUUUCCUAAUUUGCAAACCGGUACUUGAAUAGAAUUUCCCCCCACUUUGUCCUCUGUGGUGCAGAAAUUACAGUUUAUGUUUACAAAUGUGGUUUUAAGCAGUAGAAUUACAAAACGUAAUAAAAAAUAAUAAUAAUUUGUAACUGAACACCUACAGUAUGUGAAUGGUGCAGGCACAAUGCCAUUUUAUAAGAGACUUAUACCUCCAGUAAUAAUGAAUCCUGUACAGCAGCUUGUUGGAUAUAUCAUAAUAGGAAAUUUUAUAUUAAAGAUAGUUUUUGAUUUUCAA